AUGCUGGCUUGUUGUGUUAGCUACAGCGUUUUUACAAGUUAUGACGCCAAAAGUAAAAAGAAAACCUUUUUAGUAACGUAUUCUGCGCUUUUCCUUAAACUGUGUCCCAAGGUCGUAAAGUUGUUGCAUCUAUUUAACUUCUGUCAGCUUUUUGCAAUCAUAUUUGACCUUUUAAUACUACCGGAGUGUAAUUCUAAUAAGCUCCGUUAUCUAUUUGGUAAGUCCGAUAUUCUCAAAACACUACAGUUAUCGCACUCACAAUCAACUGGCUGGUGGCCAUUUGGGGUCUUAUGCUACGCAAAAGGAUACUCUUACCCCCCUUUGUGUAUGACCCAGCAACUUAUAAAAAAGGCUACCUUACUAGUCUUAGGGUUUGUUUAA